AUGUGCGUUGUGGUCUUUUACAGUAGCGAUGACACAAAGUCCAUUGAGUCGAGUGUAACAGAGUACCGCAUCGAACAUGGCCGGCAGUAUCAUGCGUACAAAGACGGAACUUACUGGCAACCCAAUGAUGAUCGACAGAACGACAAUCUUGACAUUUCACACCACAAGUUCCUCCUGGCCCUUGGUGGCAGCCUGCUCCUAGCACCUGUAGAAAAAAACAUUCAGAGAGUCCUAGACAUCGGAACAGGAACAGGAAUCUGGGCUAUAGAUUUCGCUGACGAGUUUCCCAACACACAAGUGAUUGGAACAGAUCUCUCUCCUAUACAACCAAAUAUGGUACCGGAAAACUGCGAGUUUUUGAUUGAUGAUUGUCGGGAUGAUUGGACAUAUCCUCCAGACCAUUUUGACCUGAUUCAUAUCAGAAGUCUGUUUGGGUCGAUUCAGGACUGGCCAGCUCUUUACAAGCAAGUAUACAAACAUCUCAAACCUGGUGGCUACAUUGAGCAGGUGGAAAUAUCAAUUAAUAUUAGAUCCGACGACGGGACAGUAGGAACCGACAGCCCCUUGGUAAUAUUUAGAGAACUCUUCGAACAAGCCGGCGACCUUACCGGCUGUACCUUCCAAAUAUCAGAAUCAAUGAAGCCCAUGAUCGCGGCCUCCGGAUUCGAAAACGUGACCGAGACUGUGAUCAAAACACCGAUAGGAGGAUGGGCCGCAGACCCGAAGUUACGGGAGUUGGGACGCUGGGCUUUACUCGGAUUUGAUAUCGGACUGGAGGGGUAUGCGAUGGCGACUUUGACGAGGUGGACUCCAACUGAGGUGCACGUCUUACUCGCUCAAGUACGGCAUGCGGCACGGGAUCGAAGGGUGCAUUGCUAUCAUGAUGUCAAAGUCGUGUAUGCACAGAAACCUUUUCCGUCAAAACAUCCUUCGGCUCCUCUAUAG